AUGACUUUGAAAAAUAGGCCAACAUUGGUAGAAACAGAUUUAAAUCUCACUGCAGCAGAUGGUGGUAAAUUGAACAUUUUAGGCACAGUUAACCUUCAGUUUAGCCUUGGGAAUGGUAGCUUUUGUCAUGAGUUUAUUGUUGCAGAGGUAGAUGACCUCAAGGGUAUUUUGGGAAUGGAUUUCCUCGAGCAACAUAAUGUGACAAUUCAGGUUGCACAAGGCUUACUGAUGUUAGCCGAUCAGCAACAUGUUCAGUUAGAAAGAGAUUACACUCCUGUAUGUACUAGGGUCAAGUUGUCUAAGAAAGUAGUCAUUCCACCUGAUAGUGAAAUCAUUGUACCAGGUUAUGCUGUAGGUGUCAAGAACACAUCUGUAAAUAAUCUAGUUGAACCAUUUCAGUUUCUACAAAAGAAAGGUCUAUUAGUUGCCAGAACCUUGGUUAAUCCAGAAAAUAUACAAUUUUCUGUAGCAAAUAUCUCAGAUAGGCCAAUAAAAUUUGACAAGCACACCACUGUAGCUUCCUUACAACCUGUAAAUAUUGUACAGUCAAAUACCAAUAGUGAGUUAGAUGUUGACGGUUCACGAGAGUUACCAGAACAUUUACAAUCUUUGUUUGAUAGAUCUUCCAAAUGCUUGACACAAGAACAAAAAUCAACUUUGUUCGACUUUCUAGUUUCCUACAAGGACAUAUUUGUUGGUCCGGAUGGAAAAUUCGGUAGAACUAAAUUAGUCAAGCAUAAGAUAGAUACUGAAGACCACAAACCUAUAAAGAUACCACCUCGAAGGUUACCAUUUGCACAGAGAGACAUAGUAGAAAAAGAAAUUCAGAAAAUGUUAGAUAACAACAUCAUAGAACCUAGUGAAAGUCCAUGGUCUGCCACCUUAUUAUUAGUAGAAAAGAAAGACAUGGAGAUUUUGUGUUGA